UCCCAAAUUUUGAAAGGGAAACUGACAGGGAAAAUUUUAGAGAGAAAACGUAGAAAAAGCAGUCGCACCCACUAAACUUCCCUAAUUCUUUCUUCAAACUUCCCGCAUUUUCAUGAUCUCAUCCUCUUCAUCUGCAACUAAAUAAUAAAUAUUCAAAGUAAACAAUUAGAGAAACCGAUUUUAAAAUAUAGCAAGUAAAAGUUCUUCAUAAAAACUAUCUAAACAUGAAUCAAGUGCAGCAGGUCUUUGAAGAGCGGUUAAUAGAAACUGCUAAAGUUCUUGAAGACCAAAUCGAUGCAGAAAUUGAAAAACUUGAAAAAAUGGAAGAUGAAGAACUCCAAGCUAUAGAGCGUAAAAGAGCAUUGGCUCUCAAAAAACAAGUAAAGCAAAAAGAAGAACUAGUGACCAGUGGUCAUGGUGUAUACUCGGAGAUACCUCAUGAAAAAGAUUUCUUUGAGGUCUGCAAAAAAAGUAAGAGGGUUGUUUGUCACUUUUACCGAAGCAGUACAAUGCGUUGCAAAAUUGUGGACAAACAUCUUGAGGCUUUAGCUCCCAGACAUAUUGAAACUAGAUUCUGCAAAAUAGACGCAGAAAAAUCUUUUUUUAUCGUUCAACGACUGAAAAUUAGAGUUUUGCCCACUAUUGCACUUCUUAAAGACGAUAAAAUUGUUGAUUACAUUGUUGGAUUUGAUGACCUUGGAGGUGUUGAUGACUUCUCAACUGAGAUGAUGGAGUGGCGUAUUGCUCAAGCUGGUGUGAUAAACUACAGUGGUGAUUUAACAGCACCACCUGGAUCAAGUAAAAAGCCUAAGAGUAUAUUCAUGGCAAAGAAGAAAACAAUACGUGGUGGUUGUAAUGAAAGUGAUACAGAUAGUGACUAGUAAAUUAAAGCUUGGAAACUGGAUUUAUUUAAUGCUAUGCAUUCUAUUGAUUACAGCAAAAAAAAUAUUACUUACUAUAUGCUGUAAAUAUUUGGGUGAAACAUGCUUAUUUUUAGCUGCUGCAAAAUUUACAUUUAGCUUGUCAUUUUGUUAUAACCUAAAAUAAAGUAAAUCUUGUUCA